AUGAUGAGUACAACAUUGAGUUUUGGCAAGCACAAGUCCAAGUCGAUCGAAGACGUAUAUGCCUCUGAUCCCGGCUAUUGCCGCUGGUUACUGAAUCAAACAAUUUUGAUUGAUUCCAAUCCCUCGAUCGCUGAUUUCUUGAAGUCGAAGUUUACUAACGAUGAUGGUUCGUUUCUCAUGACCUUUGGUAAGUACAAAGGUAAGACCAUUAAGCAGAUCCAAGCAAUCGAUGACAACUACAUCGAAUGGAUGAAAAAAAAUGACUUCAUUAAUGACAAGAUGCCUAAGCUGAAGGCUGCUAUUGAUGAGCUGCCUUAA